AUGGUUAAGAAGGUUGUCGAUUCAAGGAUUCCGACAUUGAUAAAAAAUGGUGUUCAGAAUAAACAUAGAUCAUUUUUUGUAAUUGUUGGAGAUAAAGGCAAAGAUCAGGUGGUGAAUUUGCAUUGGAUGCUUUCACAAGCCCAAGUGACUGCAAGACCAUCUGUAUUAUGGUGUUAUAAAAGAGAAUUAGGGUUUACCAGCCAUCGUAAAAAGAGAGAAGCAAAAAUACGAAAGGAGGUUAAACGUGGUAUUAGGGAGGUUAAUGAAGAAGAUCCAUUCGAGCUUUUCAUUGCUGUUACAAAUAUUCGAUACACAUAUUAUAAGGAGACGCAUAAUAUCCUGGGUAAUACAUAUGGCAUGUGUAUAUUGCAGGAUUUUGAAGCAUUGACACCAAACUUGUUGGCGCGUACAAUUGAGACUGUGGAGGGUGGUGGCGUUGUUGUAUUAUUGCUUAAGACUAUGAAGUCAUUAAAACAGUUAUAUACAUUGACAAUGGAUGUACAUUCUCGUUAUCGGACUGAAGCUCAUGACGAUGUUAUUGCCCGAUUUAAUGAACGUUUCAUUCUUUCCCUUGGGUCAUGUGAAAAUUGUCUAGUAGUUGACGAUGAAUUAAAUGUGUUGCCGAUAUCUGCUGGAAAAAAUGUGAAACCAUUGCAAUUAAAGUCAUCUGAGGAAUCUAUGUCUGAUAAACAGAUUGAAUUAAAAGAAUUUAAGGCCUCAUUGGCGGAUACACAACCUGUUGGUUUACUUGUCGCCACAGCUAAAACAUUAGAUCAAGGAAAAGCUAUCCAUACUUUUAUUGAAGCUAUAUCUGAAAAGAAAUUACGUAGCACAGUAACACUUACAGCUGCUCGUGGUCGUGGAUUUGAUGCUUUGGAGUAUGAGGAGCACUUAGAUUAUGAUAUUAUACAAUCUACAAAUCCUGAUUUUAAUAAAGCCAUAGUUAGAGUUAAUGUCUUUAAACAGCAUCGGCAGACUAUUCAAUAUAUACAACCACAAGAUGCACAUGUUCUUGGACAAGCUGAAUUAUUAAUCAUUGAUGAAGCUGCUGCCAUUCCAUUACCAUUGGUGAAAAAUCUUAUUGGUCCCUAUUUGGUAUUUAUGGCAUCAACUAUAAAUGGUUAUGAAGGUACAGGUCGAUCUUUAUCUCUCAAACUUAUUCAACAACUUCGAGAACAAUCAAAGGGGUUUGUUGGCCAAGAAAAUCACGCAGAUCCUGAUGAUG